AUGAUUAAAGUAAACAAUAAUCAACUUGAUAUUUCUAUAAAAAAAAUACAAAAUAAUUAAAGAAAUUUUUGUUGGAAGUUUGUGUCAAUAAUAUCAUCAAUAAAUUAUAUGAAUGAAUGAAUUGGAAAUAUGCAUACCACUUUUUACCUAUUUAAAUAAUACAAAAUACAAUCAGCAAAAUUGUUUUCUAAUGUUUAUAUUACUAUUGGAGAAAAUGUAUGUUGAAAAAUACAAAAUAACAAUCUAUUUAAAAAGUUAAAAAUAUGGAAGGUCAUUCAUAUGUUUCAUGUAUCAAGAUUAAUGGAAUUCCUAUUUUGCCACCAAUGAUAACUAAAGAUAUUAAACAAGAAUUAUCUAAUUAUAAAGAAAGUGCAAUAAAUAUAGAAAAAAAAUUAACUAUUUCACGUAUUAAUAAACAAUGUAAUAGUAAUAUCUAUAUAGGAAAAGUUCAAAAAGAAUUGAAAGAUGUAAAAUAUAAUCAUAGUUCAAAAGAAAAUUUGAUUUCUUUUAAAUAUGAUAAUUUUAAUGAAUGUAUUGUUACAAAUAUAAGUGAUGUUCCAAUACAAACAUUCAAAAAUUCUAAUGAAAAUCUAGAAAAAACUUUACAGUAUGAUAAAGAUUUAAACUUGAGAUGUAAAUCUGAAAAUCAGAUAAAUUUAGUUCCUAGUACUGUUUCAAGAUCAGAAUCAAUAACUUCUAGUAUUGAUUCAAAUAUAACAACUUUAAUAAAAUCUACUACAGAAACAGUAUCAGAAAUUUGGAAACCACAAGUGCCUAAAACAUUAAAUAUUAUUCCAUUGACACUAAAUAAUGUUAAUCUUAAAGAAAAUGAAUGUCAAGAAAAUGAUUUGGAUAAUUUAGGAGACACUCCUAAAUUAGUACGUCAAGGUUCCUAUGUAUUAGAUACUCCAAGUCCUAUAUUAUUAGCUCAUAUGCAAAUGGAAUUAGCUAGUUCAACUUGUACUCCUUGUUCUGAAUAUGUUCCAACAUCCUGUGCUAAUGUGAAUCGACGAAAAGAAUGGAAUGUUGCACAAGCUAAAGUUGAAUGGGAAUAUGAAACUAAAAAUAAGGAAUCUGUUGCAAACUUUUAUUCUAAUAUUGAUCGUAAAAUGUGUAAGUCUGUUUCUUUACAAACAAAGCCUGAAUAUUCUUUAGCAACAUAUUCAUCAACAAGAUCAGCUGAUUGUAUUCAGACAAUGUUAGCUAAAGAAUACAUUGAUCAAAGUGACAUACAAAUUAAUCAAGAUAAAAAGCAUACAAUAGAUAAUAAUAAUGAAAUGAGAAAAAAACUUCAAACAUGGAAUAAAUGUAACAGCUCUUGCACUUUCAAUUCAACAUGUAAAAUUGGAGGUUCUUUAGAAAAUUUAAAUGAUCAAAAUAAUAUUUCUACAUCUAAUAAUUUUAUGAAGAAACUUUCAAGAAACACAGAUAUAAAAAAUUCUAUCUCUAGAUUAAAAUCUACUAUUGCAUCUGAUAAACUUUUAACAGUUUACAAAAAAGUACAAGAAAUGCACAAAAAACAAAUGGCUGAAUUAAUGUUUCGUCAACAUAGGGAACAAACAUUACUUCAAAAGGAAUUUGAAAAGCAACAAUUACUUUUAUUGAUUGAAAUUAAAAAAUCCUUUCCAGAAGUUUCAGUUCCUUUACUUUCUGAAAAUAUUUUAUCUCCUGCUUUUAAUCAAAUUAUUUCUAAUGAUAAUAAGGUUUUUGAAAAUAACAAUGAUAAUAUACAAAAUGUAAAAAAAGUAAAAAAUAAUUUAGAAGAUAAAAUAGAAUAUUCAGAAGAUUAUAAUAUGAGAAUGGUUUCAUGCCCAUUAAAUUAUAUAUAUCCUGAAAUGAAUUAUGAUAAUGCUCCUUGUUCUACUAAAUAUUCAUGUAUAGUUCAAUCAUCAGAAACAGAACCAUCCAAUAUUAAUAAUUCUAUAAAAAAAAUGAAAGAAAAAGAUGUAGAGAUACAAUCAAAUGACAUAAAAAAUAAGAAAUUAGAAGAAACUGAAGAUAAUAAACGUUCAAACGUUAGUCGAGAAUUUCCUUUAGAUAGUAAGACUACCCAUGUACCAAUUCCUGAUAGGACAAUAUAUGAGACUAAACAUAUAAAAGCAGCAAAUGUAAUAAAUGCAUAUACAAGAGGAUAUUUAGUACGUAGAAUGAUGCGAACUGAACGUGUAAUUGCUUUAAAAAAUACAUAUAAAGAAGCUUUACAUUGCAUGCUUAAACUUCAUGUUGAUGCGCCUCUUAAUCGUUCAGAAUUUAAUUUUUUACAUCGCCUUCAAUUACAGUGUGAUGCAGCUUCUAUGAAUAUAGUGGAGUUAUUUGCCCAAAGUCCACAAAAAAGAAUGCAAGUAAUAGCACAAGAUCGUGAAAUCAAACAAACUCGCAUAGAGCGUCCAACAUCUGCAAGAUCGUAUUCGUUUGCAACUCAGCGGACUCUAGCCAGGAAAAAAUUGAAGGAGAUGGAAGAAUAUCAACCAACUUCGUUUGUUCGUUCAUGUUUGUCUAGAUCUAGAUGUCAAACUUGGACUUCAGAUAUUAAAGAAAGACUUAUUUCUUCAAACAUUUUGUAUCAAAGUAUUAAAAGAAGUACUAGUGCCGGAACUGUACGAAAACCAUGGCGGUAAAUUAUAAUAGUGCCUUUUAUUAUUGACUUAGUAUAUGUAUAUGUACAUUUUGUUAUAUGUAAACAAAUCCACUUUGUGCCUGAAUUUUGUAAUAAAUUUGUUUCAUAUAA